GACGACUUCCACGGUGUGAAGUCGAACGUGGCUCAUUGGACGUCCUCAAGUUUCGCCCAGAUCGUCCCGCAGAAAGUGACCCAACGCAUGUCCUAACCCGCCCGAAGCGACUCAACAGACCUUUUCCUCGAGAUAUUUCAUUUUAUCUAUUGGUUGUGACGACUUUUACAUUGUGUAUUCGAAGAGUGAACCCGACCGUCCAGCAUGUCUUCUCAACUUCAAAGCUUGAAAGCAGCUCUAAUACAGAAUGCUGGAGUGGAAGAAAAGGUUGAGGUCAAUCAGCGGCAUCUUAUUGACAAAAUCCUUGCAAGAUACUCGGCAGAAUUCACAGUGUUCAGAGAGUUGCUUCAAAACUCAAACGAUGCAGGAGCAACGGAGGUCAAAAUCACAUUCCAAACCAACAUCCAGUCCCGAAGUUUCUGGCAAGGCGGAAGCAAACGAGUGGUUGCCAGCGUAACAUACCGAAACAAUGGCCGCCCAUUUUCAGAAGAGGAUUGGGCACGGUUACGAAAGAUUGCGGAAGGAAAUCCAGACGAACAGAAAAUAGGGUUUUUUGGUGUGGGCUUCUACAGUUUAUUUUCAAUAUGCGAGGAACCGUUCGUGACAUCAAAUGACAAAAGCAUGGCAUUCUUGUGGAAGGGAGAUAUGCUCUACACCAAGAAAGGGAUAGUUCCACCGGAGGCUCUUUCGCCAGAUACGUGCUUUUACUUGGAUCUCCGGGAUCCGGUAGACCUUUAUGACAUGGACCAGUUCGGACGCUUCAUUGCCACAUCAUUAGCAUUUACUGCCAACCUAAAGAAAGUGGAAGUCUUUGUCGAUGAACAGCGAACACUCUUCUUUGACAAAAAAAUGGCAGAACCGCGUCCCCUUGCGUUCCCAAAAGGAGUUUACAAUCUUUCUUCUCCCAAUCGCAUUUUCACUCUCGAAAGCGUUGCCAUGAAAACCAUUCAAAUGGAUGUCGAGGUCCAACCUGAUGCCGAAAAGACCUUGGCGAGUUACAGGAUCUUUAUGAGGAGUGCUAGCGCGCACUUGGCUGUACGUCUCUCGACGCACCUAGUGAAGGAAAUGGAGCGGACUACCAAGAAACGACCACCAGUACAUACGGAAAUGCAGAUCAUGUGGUCCAAUUUUGACGAGUACGAAAGCUCGUCUACAGUCCGUGGUAAAAAUGGCAUGUUCAACGAUUUACUCCCAGGACCAACAGAUCAAGGUCGGAUCUUUAUUGGAUUCCCUACGUAUCAGACGACGGGAUGUACGAUCCAAAUGGCCGCGCAUUUGAUUCCAACGGUAGAAAGAGAGUCCAUCGAUUUUGUCGAUCCGACGCUCAAUACAUGGAACCAGGAGCUCUUGUCCAUGGGAGGCCUGCUUGCUCGAAUUUUGUAUGACGACGACCUCGACGCUAUCGAUCGGUUGUACAAGGCACUGGCACUUGAUAGCACCAGUGAAAUAUGGUUACAAAAAAAGGCAUCACAUACCAUGGCUGGAUUUACAUUCAAACCUUCUACACCAUCACCUCUGGUUGGACGGAUCCUCUCCGCCUACUUUCUAUCUCGUAGUACCAAGCCACUCAACAUUGUUUCUUCUCGUGGGAUCAAACCUCUUAUAGAAGUUCGGUUGCCAGAUACGUCCAUGAAGGAGUUUAUGAAAGAGGUGCCAAUUGUUCCGGAUCAGACAAUGGAGCAAUGCGCGGAACUCUUUAAGCAGUUAGAAGCAAAGGGAGCUAUACGCAAACUGAAUAUCACUGACCUAUUUCGAGAGCUGUCGAGUCGACCGUUCCCGCAAAGCGAAAUGGUGGCGUUGUUCCGGUGGUGGUUGGAUUAUCGAAAAACGAACGUCAUAUCCAGUACGGAUGUCGAGCAGCUUUUGAGGUCUGCUGUAUUCUUGGAGCCAGGAGUGAACGGUAAAGAGGACGCUGUACGUCCACUGUCAACUAUUGCACAUUAUGUUCCGAAACAUUUGAUACCGUCGGAUUUACCGCUACCAGUAACGGUGAUGCCACUGGCCAUAAGCAACGAGUUCAAAAAGGAAGAGUUGGAAAGAGGAUUUGGUUUUGCGUGGUCUGAAUUACCGUUAUCUGUGUGGGCAGACUUUAUCAUCAAGCUCCCCCAAUUUUCCAAUGACGCGGCAUUCGUUGAAAAAGUUUUGGCAGUUUUCAGUCGGCAUUAUGGAUCCCUCAAGACGCAAACUCGCGAUCAACUCGUUUCACUCCUGGCAUCCAAAAAGUGUAUUCCGACCACACUGGGCAUGCAAAAACCUAGUGACAGUUAUUUUCCAAAAGUUACCUUGUUUCCCGAUUUGCCUAUUGUUCAGUUCGCGAAUCCCAAAAGUGUCAGUGAUGCCUUUUUGAGGGCUUUGGGAGUUCGAGAGCAUGUGGAACUUCAAAUGGUUUUCAACCGAAUUGGGACGUUGAAUUGGGAUCAUGUGCAGUUGAUCAAAUAUCUUGCAACGUGCACGCUCAAACCAGACGAACUGGAACGGCUACGAAUUACUGCGAUUUUCCCUAAAGAACAAGACCCACCCUCUCGUGAGCGGUUCCGGGCCUGUGAUCUAUAUACGCCUGAUGACAAGUUUCGUGCAUUUGGGUUACCGAUCCUUGAGUGGAAGGGCAAGUGGAAGCCUCAUGGUGGCGAAGCCAAAAUGAUGCAAGAUUUAAAAAUCCGGACCUUGAUACCUGUCCCCGAUCUCGUUCAACUUGCAGCAACAUCGACACCCGAAAAGCGAACGAGCAUUUUACAGCACUUUUGCCAAAACUUUAAAACAACAUACGCAUCCCUGUAUGCCGGUUCGGCCAUUAAAGUCCCUUUCCUUCCAACAACAGAUCCCACGCGACUUGGCACGCCCUCAGAUUGUUUUGCAGAUCCCUCUGCGGCUGUGAUGGGCUUUCAGGUACUUCAUCCUGAUUGGCGACUAGAGAGGGAUAAGUUUGGUGUGAGGGAACAUCCCCCUGCCAAUGCACUUUUGGAGAGAUUGCUACAGCAGCCACCGGAUGUGGAUAAGGCUCAAGCUGUAUUUGGGUACCUGGCUACUCGUAUCUCUGAUUUCACAUCAGAGCACUGGGCUAUCCUAGGACAAAAGAAUUUUGUUCCGAUCCAAAAGACUCAAAACGGACGUCGUUCUACUGUUUGGGUUCCCCCACGCACAGUUUAUUUUGGCGGCUCGGACAGCUCGGCAUAUAAAGACCAUUUCACAUAUGUUGAUUUCGGUCUGAAUGCCAACAACUUUCUCCGAGCUUGUGGGACUCGAGAGGAACCUACCCCUUCUGAACUCGCCACCUCUCUCGUGACGAAUCCUACCCAGUUCCUCGAUACGCUUGGCCACGAAAAGUACUUGGAACUCAUUCGAAAUGUUGCAACGCAUUAUCCGACCUUGAGGACUGAUAAAGGGUUGCAAAGUCGGAUGCGGUCUGCUGCUUGGUUGAUUGGGAUUGUGGCUGCUGGGGGUGACGAGGAUGGUGCGGAGGAGGAUGGGAAAGUACAGGAUCAGUACCAUGUCAAGCUGGCUAGGGCCAUGGAUAUUUAUAUUAUUGAUGAUACGGUGGUGAAUCAGUUAUUCAAACCGUUGGGAGCACCUACAGAUGAAGUAUUGGAAGCCAUGUACACAGACCUUGGUUCGCGUUGGCUCUCCUCUGUCGUCACCACCGAAGAGCGUCCCCGUGGAAACCAACGCUUCACGCAAGUCUCUGCAGAGUUGCAGAAACUGAUUCGCCAACGCGCGCCUCUGCUACUAUAUGACGGACAACAAAUGCGAACGGGCAAGGACGUUUUCUCGAAUGCGGAGCAAGUGUUGCUCAAUAUGAAGGUCAUUGAAGUUCCAGAGAUUGAUAUUGUGCGGACGUUUGAAAAGGCUACCAAAGUGGACAAGACCACGGCUUGUUUGAGGUUUGAGAGCCGGACAAAGACGUAUUGGUUGUUUGUGGUGGAGGAUUAUGAUUGUUUUGAUAUUGCGAGAUCCAUAGGCAAAGUCAUUUUGCGAAAUUGCCGACUAAAAGAUUCACUGCUCCUUUCUACCCUCUUGUCAACGUCGGUCCAAAAUCUGCGCCGAAAAGGAUUCCCAGUCGACCGUAUCCUGAAACUCACUGAUAACAAACUCAAGAACGCCCAAGUCAUUAUGCAAGAGCAAGCGCGACAACAACAAACUGCCGUACAGGCGGCAGCGAAUUCACCGACACCGCCGACCGUACCACCUAAAAACGGAUCGACGGAUGACAUGUCUCCUACUGUGGCGGAAGCCGUGCGACAGUUGCAGGCCAUCUUUCCUGGAGCUGAUCCAGGGUUUUUGCGGAGAGAGGUGGAAGCGCGGAUCGGGAGUCGGCAGCCCGUGUUGGACGUGACGGAAAAGUUGUUGGAUGCAGGGGACGAGUACCCCAAAGCAAAUCCAUCGGAGGCCGCGUUGAAUGGUGUACCACCGGCUGGAUCGUCGCAGUCGUCGCAACCGUCGUCAUCGGCGCCGGCAGUUGACGGGCUUUUCGGGGGGUUCUUGAGCAAGGCAAGGGACAAGAUCAAAAACAAGGGUCUCACGGGGCUGGUGGAGCUCGCUGGCGAGUCUUUGCUCCCUCCCGUAUCCACGAAUCAGCACGGAGGGUACCAACCUAUUCCUCCCGGUGGAGGAGGAACCACCAUGCCCGCCGAAGAAAUCACACCCAACAGCACCGUGAACCUCAAAUCCCACCUCUCCAACUCGAUCGCAUCUCUCCGCGGAACACAGGAACCCAAUUUCCGAGCCGAAAUUCCUCUGAAUCCACCCCCGACACCCAGCAUGCUCUCCCGUCAAGUCGCUGCACACUGUUCGAUUAUUUCCGACAAUGACCUAGUACUACGUGAUCUCAUUGACGGAGUACCGUUUUAUAUUGACCGAGCAGCCUCACCUUCUGUUAUUGCCGACCUCAACAUGACAGGCAUCCAUCAAUUUGUCAUGGUCCUCAGCUUACUAGCCAACGUCUUUGGAACAGACAAGAAAGCCAUUCACGUCUACUUUGAUGCAACUGGGAGCACGAUCGCGUUUAAUCGGAACCGAACCCUGUUUUUUAAUGCACGGUUUUACCUUGGUUUGCAUUAUAAACAACGACAUCAGGGUGUGACGCUUCCUGGUGGGUUUUCAGCACCGAGGGGAGUGGAGACGGAGGAUCCUGAUACGUUUUAUUACUGGUUCUUGACGUGGUGUCAUGAGCUUGGACAUAAUUUUGUGAGUGAGCAUGAUGCGAUGCAUGAGUAUUGGAUGAGUUCAUUUGCGGAGAAUUAUAUGAGCAAGUUGGUCAAGGUGUUGCGGGAGGUGGGGGUUGAGAGGUAGUUCCACUAGUCCCUACCAUUACCCCUAUACUAUAUAUAUAUAUAGAAAGAGAAGGAGACCCGAUUGUAGAAUUACAAAACUAGUUUGUCGUUUGCCUUUUUUUCAAGAGACUGAUAAAUAAAUAGUGCGGAGCCGGUGGGUAUUGGCACUAGCACCCGCACCAGGGAUUGAACCGGCGACAACCGGCUCGGAAAACCUAAU